UUUAAAGCAAAACAAACAUGCAGCCAAUAGACAUUUAACGUUUGUAGCCAAUAUAGGCUAUUACUCAGUGUUUACCUCAGUUUAGUGGACAGAACGUGAAAUAUCUAGAAAUAUCGCAUUUUAAUAAUAUUGUUCAAUGUUUAAUAUAUGUAUAAAAACCACUAAAACGCUUUGUUAACUCCUUAUCUGUAUAUCUCUCACAGGAUACAGGAAACUAACGAUACUUUGCAUAACUAUUUUUCGCUCUCAUUUGUAGACAGUUGUAUUUCCAUAGAUUAAAGGAAUCUGAAAGUGAUGUGUAAUCAUUUUACAAAAAUAAUGAAAUCAGUAAAUCUUGUAUAAAACUCUGCGCUGAAUCUGAAACUAUACAAAGAUUUGACCCGCCUGCGCUCAUGCGCAGCGCACAUUCCGCCUUCGGUGACGUUUCAAGGUGAAUAUGAGAACCUCUGUUGGAAGAGUCAGGGAUUUUCUGUAGUUUCGCACACACGGGAAAGUUAGCCAGCUGUGGUUAAAUGUCGCGUUAGAAGGUGUCGGGGAAGUGUGUGCCCUCCUACAUUUAAGUGAAAGUACCCUGACAGACUUUGGAUCUCAGGCUUGAUCCAACUUACAUUUGCCAAUAUGGCAGAAACUGCAAAAGAAGAAGUAAAUGAAGAGAAUGAGGUUAAUGACCUACCAGAAUGGGAUGAGGAUGCAAAAGAGAGUUUAAAAAAUGGUGGAGAACAUAUGGAAAGUCCAGUCAAGCAAAAGGGCACUGGACUUAUGAAGUCAUUCAGAGCAAGUUUUAAAAAAGUGGCCAGUCCAAUGAAAAACAAAAAGCCAGUGGAUACAAACAACGGACAAAGCCAGAUCUUAAAUGCUCAGUUACAACCGCUGCGCUCUCCAAGCUUGAGCACAGGAUCUCCUGCACAAUCUUCCUUUCGAAGUCCAAAGACAGAAAAACCUCCUCUUACCAGAACUAUGUCAGAUUCUGAUGUUACAACAACUAGUACACUGCCAAAGAAGGGGUCAUCGAUUAGGCGGAGUUUGGGUCUGAGUAAAAAACCCAAACAGGAACCACUUGUCACUGUCACAGAAGCCUUGCCUCCAUCAGAAGAGCCAAAACCAGAGGUUGUUGAUGAAUAUGAAGGUCAGAGGGUAUUGGAGCUAAGAGACACAUAUGUUCUGCCAGAGAUCCCAGCUAUGCCUUUGUCAGUUAUGGAGAUUAACAAACUGAUAGAGAUGGAAGUUUUAGAAGAGGCCUAUGUGAAUCUACUCUCUCUACGCCUGGAGCUUCAACAGCAGCGUAAAUCUCAGAAUCAAGAAGACUGUCCCAUUGAACUAGUCCAUAAAGAGAAAGAUCUCAGUUUGCUGUAUGGUACACUGCGGAAUAAAAUGUCUGACAUUGUACGCAACUCAAGUGCUCUGCCUUCUCGCAAUAAAGAACUGCUGGUGUAUGUAGCAUAUAUUAUCCUUGAGGAGGAGAAGAGACAGGAUGAGCCAGGAGCGAUGCAGGGAUGGAGGGAAUCAUGGAGGGAUGCGGUUCGAGAUGGGGUUCGAGAUACUCUAAAGAGAGUUCACCUGGACAGUCGUGAACAGAACAUUUCCUGGCUGGCUGUGCACCUGGGGCUUCUGGGUAAAGCUAUACUGGAGGAUUUGGAGAGAGUGAAGACUGAGCUUGUGAGCUCGUAUCCUCCAGACUUUAAUGUUCUUGAGACAUAUGUUUCCUGCCAUCAUGAGGCUGUAGAAGAGCAUUUAAAGAAACUUCUGGAAAAAGUGACGGAGCUGAAGGAUUAUUAUGCUCUUCUAGAUUUCAUUAUUCAUCGCUACCCCAGUGAGAAGAUAAUGGGAAGUACAUCUCUGCAGCCAGAGGUGAAGGAAGAUAAUAGAGCUCUGCCACUGGACAAUGAUUUCCUUAAUCAGAUCAAAAUGAAAUACUGCAGUCGCUUACAGGUUGAUAUGCGAACAUCACUUGACAGGGUUAUUGAGUUGGAGAAUGAGGAAAUGUGGAAGGAAAGAAGAAAGCCAGAGAUUGAUGAGGGAAUUUACAGCUCACACAUUGACAUGGACAUCUGGACAAAUAUUCAAGGGCACGUACAAGGGUCUAGAAGAAUCGAUGUGACCCUGGAGAAGAAGGUUGUGCAGUCCUGUUUGGAUGAACUGAAGAGCUUUCCUAAACGGUUUGAGUCAGCGUUUGUGGAGUCCAGCAGUGUUUUCUCGAACUCCUCUCUCUGGGCAGAGUAUCACAUCAGCUACAUCAACAGCUUCAGUGACUUAAAAGAGCACAUGGAGGGCUAUAAGCAAAGCUGUCAGAUUCAGCUGGAGCAGGUUCGAAAAGAAAUAGAUGGACUGACCACCAGACUGAAGCAGACUCUGAUGGAGCAGUUCAAAACAGAUGUCAAGCCAUUCCUCAGGAGACAGAUGACAGGAAAAUGGUUUUCAUUUGAUGAAGACUUUUCACAGCUCACCACCAGAAUCAAGAGUCUUUCUGAGCAGAGCAAAUACAUGAGUCCAAAAUAUAGACAGGCCUUUGUGAAUGAAGUUCACUUCUUCGUGGUGAAGGAAUACGUGUCUCAGUUGAUGAAGAAUAACUACUCAUGCAAAAACAGGAAGAAUGAGACGGCUGCUGCUAAAAUCACAAAACAGUGGGAGGAACUGGAAGAGAUUUUCCAAGAUAUGCAUUCUACUUCAGAUUGGCUCUAUUCAGUUGGGAACCAGCUGAGUCAGAUCAUUGGGUGCAAAAAAAGUGAUGUAAAACUUAAGCUAAAUCCACUGGUUGAAAACUAUCCUGACAUCAGAAAGAGUCAUCUCUCUGCAGUGCUGUAUUUCCGAGGAAUAAUAAGAGGCAGGGAAAAGCAUGUUAUCUUACAGCGCCUGGCAGAGCUAAAACAGAGCUUGGGGAAUUCUGGGAAUAAAGAGCAAGCUCUCUUUAGUGAGAUUCAAGCUUCAACAAACACAGACUGUCUGGCAGGUACACCCUUCUCCUGUCUGUCCUUCAUCAUGCCAGACAGAUAAUCUUAAGAAAUGCACUUCAAUAGAAGUGGGAGAAAUGAUUGCAAUGUUUAAUAGUGAACAUAUGCCCUAUAAUUUGAGCAUUGAGUAAUGUUUCAUGCCUCUGUUAAUGCUUAAUAGACUUAUAUUCUUACUUGAUGAUAUGGUACAAAUGAGCCUUGAUGAGCAUUUACAUAUUUAUUAUUGAGGAUCAGAUUUUUAAUCCUAAAGAAUUAGCUAAAGGAGUUAAACUGGCUUUAUGAAUUCAAAAAUGCUUGUUAUUAGUGACACCAGUGGCCAUUAAGUGAACUGCAGUCUGCAACCCUUGCUUAUUACUGUUAUAUCAAUUAGAUUUUAAGUAUAUUUGAGAAUAUAGGCUAUAUAGAUAUUGAUAUGUAUGAUUAUAGUUUGAAUUAAUCUCUUUUUUGCAAACACAUUGACAUUACAGCACAGAAUAGCUCUUAUAUUUAUCAUUAUCUUAAAUGUUGAGGAAGCAUUAAUUUUGUGUCUGAAUGGGAGAAAGGCUCUCAGGAGUGAGUAAAUGUCACAAGAUAUUAUUUUCCCUGUACUGAACCCUUUAGAUAGUGAAUCCUUUAGAAGUUUCUAAACAAACCGUUCACAGAGUGCCCAUAAAAAAAUAGUGAUAUUAAGUUUUACUUACCCCAACUUUUAAAUGAAUAGGCACUGGUUAAUGUUAAAUAAGUAGUGCUGUAAAUGAUGAUGUUACUUUUUUAGCUGCCACAUCAUAUUCAAGGUGCUUUCUGAAAAGAGCACAUCAGUGGUGGAUCAGUAAUUCUCAAACUCACAUUCAGGAUGGGUUAAACUAAUGUGUUUUUGAUCACUUGUGUCACUCGGGAAUGUAAAUGUUGUACAUAAUAAGAGCCAAUUUGCUCUGUGCACCAUCAGAGGUCUUUUUAAGAAAAUGUCAGAUUUUUCCAGAUAAUAAUUGUGCGCAUUUGUCACACAAAUUGGAUAUACAGGGGACAAUGAAACUAAACCUGGUUUUAGACCACAAUAAUUCAUUAGAAGGGUGUAGGGCAGGGAUCACCAAACUUGUUCUGCAUAGACUAGGUCUGGUGUCCUGCAGAUUUUAGCUUCAACCCUAAUCAAACACACCUGAACAAGGUAAUCAAGGUCUUACUAGGCAUACUUGAAACACCCAGGCAGGUGUGUUGAUGCAAGUUGGAGCUAAACCCUGCAGGGCACCAGACCUCCAGGAAUGAGAUUGGUGACCUCUGGUGUAGGGCCUCCUUUUGCAGUCAAUACAGCGUCAAUUCAUCUUGGGAAUGACAGAUACAAGUCCUGCACAGUGGCCAGAGGGAUUUUGAGCCAUUCUUCUUGUAGAAUAGUGGCCAGGUCACUACGUACUGGUGGAGGAAAAUGUUUCCUGACUCAUCCCCGUGAGUCCCCAAAGUGGCUUAAUAAUAUUUAGCUCUGGUGACUGUGCAGGCCAUGUUCAACUACACUUUCAUGUUCAUCAGACCACUCUGUCACCAGUCUAGCUGUGUGUAUUCCUGCAUUAUCAUCCUGAUGCAUGGCACCGUCUUCAGCAUACAAUGUUUGAACCACUGGGUGUUUUAGAAGUUUACAUACACUCUAAAAAAAGGAACAUAUUUAAAAAAAAAUUAAAAAUGUCUGAUGGUAAAUCAUACUAAAUGUUUACUAUUUUAGGUUUAUCAGGAAUACCUAAAUGAUUUACAUUUGCUAAAUGCCAGAAUAAUGAGAGAUUUUUUUUUUGAGAAUUUUAAAAUUAAUUUCUAGACAGUCAAAAGUUUACAUACAUUUAUUAUUAUUUUUUUUUUUGCUUUGCUUUUAAACUGUAUUUACAAGCUUCUCACAAUAGUUUGAAGGAAUUUUGGCCCAUUCCUCCUGACAGAAUUGGUGUAUCUGAGUCAGAUUUGUUGGCUGUCUUGGUUGCACAAGCUUUUUCAACUCUGCCCAUAAAUUUUCUAAAGGAUUGAGGUCAGGGGUUUGUGAUGGCCACUCCAAAACAUUCACUCUGUUGUCCUUAAAGCACAUUUUAACUAAUUUGGCAGUGUGCUUAGGGUCAUGGUCCAUUUGGAAGACCCAUUUGUGGCCAAGUGUUAAUUUCCUGGCUGAUGUUUUUAGAUGUUGCUUCAGUAUUUCUACAUAAUGCUCUUUCUUCAUGAUGCCAUCUAUGCUGUGAAGUGGACCAGUCCCUCCUGCAGCAAAACAGCCCCACAACAUGAUACUGCUGCCCCUAUACUUCACAGUUGGGAUGGUGUUCCUAGGUUUGUAAGCUUUCCCCUUUGUCCUCCAAAUGUAACACCGGUCAUUAUGGCCAAACAGUUCAAUCUUAGUUCCAUCAGACCACAGAACAUGUCUCCAAAACUUAUUCAUUUUCCCAGUGUAAUUUAGCAAAUUGUGAUCUGACUUUUUUGUUGAUUCUGUCUUGUUGAUUUUCCCAUGUUGUCACACAAGGAAGCAGUGUGUUGGAGGCUUUCCUUAAAUACUAUUCUACAGUUGUGCCUCCAGUUAACUCAAAUGUUGUCAAUUAGCCAAUCAGAAACUUCCAAAACCUUGACACCAUCAUCUGAGCUUUUCAGAGGCAUAAUAAUCUUAUUGUAUGUAAACCUGACUUUUAAGAAAAGUUAUAACAAUUUCUCAAAAAAUAUCUCUCAUUGUUCUGCUAUUAAGCAUAACAGAAACGAAUAUGAUAAUCCUAACUUACCUAAAAGAGAAAAAGUUUAGUCACAUUAACAUCUGACUUUUUUAAAUGGUUAUGUGCCUUUUUAUACAGUGUAUGUAAACUUAUGGUUUC